AUGUCUACAUUCUCAAAAACAAAUUUCAAAUCGUUGAACUACAAUUCGUUCAGACCACAUUAUCCUCCAUCAUUUUAUCAGAUCUUGUCCAAGUAUAUUCAAGAACCAAUUCCUGUUUCUAACACUAUUGAUUUAGGUUGUGGUACAGGUGUUGCAUCUUAUCCAUUAUUGAACAUUUCCCAUAAUGUAAUUGGAUUGGACUUAUCCCCAAACAUGGUUGACACUGCUAAUUCUUUGAUUUCCAAAAACUUGGAACAAUUGGGCAUUAAUGAUACUUCAAGGAUUAAAUUUAUCCGUGGUGCUGUUGAAGAUUUUGUUAAACAGAGUAAUGAUAUUGGAAAGUAUGAUUUAAUCACUGCUGCUCAAUGUAUUCAUUGGUUUCAAGAUUAUAAACUGUUUUUUCAAAAAUGUCAUGAAUUAUUAAAACCUGGUGGUGUUUUGGCUUAUUUUUUCUAUAUUGAUCCGGUUAUCGUUGAUUUCACAGGUCCUUCUAAAGGUGACAAACAAGAAGUGAUCAAAAAAGCAUACGAAGUUUAUCACAAGUAUGUUUAUAAUGAUAACAAGUACAUGGGUCCAUGUUGGGAACAACCUGGUCGUGAUAUUUUGAAGCAUUUCUGUGUUACUGUUAAUAAUGAAAUUCCUCAUGAAUUGUAUACAGAUAUAACUAUCAACACUUUCAAGCCUAGUAUCGAACAACCAUUUGCUGAUGAUGCUACUGAUUUGGACUUGAAAAAAGUUGACUUGCCUCUUGGUGGUUAUAUUGACUACAUCUCAACGUAUAGUGGUUAUCAUAAUUACAAGGAAAAGAGUAACAACCAUGAUUUGUUACAUAAUGAAUUCUUAAAUGAAUUGUUAGAGGUUACAGGUUGGGACUUGAAUGAAACCAGAAUUGACUUGGUUUGGAAUACUGGUUACACUUUUAUUAGAAAUAAGUAG